GAAAGAUUUUCUUUUGAAAUGGACUACAGAGAUCGUGACAUCGAAGUUUAACUGGAAAACUGUUGUCCUCUGGUCAAAAUGAAUCCAGACUCCCUUGAUGCAUCCAUCCAGAGCUGUCUGUGUGUCCUCUACCCGCCAUUUGAGGUCACUGCCCCGAUUGUCCUCAGCCAGCUCUUCCAGGUCAUUGAUGGUCAUUACCACGGAGACGCCCUCCGGUGUCUGACCGACUUCCUCAUACCUGCCAGAUGUCUUCUGGAGAGCGUGCAGCAGACAGCCUGUGCUCCGUACUCCAAGAAGGUGUUCUGCUGUUCUGGCUGGCCUUUGUGUUUACACAAUCGUAUUGUGGUCCAGCUUGCUACUAUUAACCCUCUGCUGCUCAGACCAGGAGACUUCUACCUGCAGGUUGUACCUUUUGGGAACCAGGCCACCCAUAUCGUGGUCCAGAGCCUUCUUGACGAGGGGGAACGUGAACUAGAGGAGCAACCAAUAUCGGAGACUUCCUACGCCAGUAUCUUCACCGAGAACUGGCUCAGGGACCUCAAUGCAGGACGACAUGGAACACCUCUCACACGUUGCGUCCUCAAAACAGAGCAGGGUGUAGUCAAGGUUCCCUGGGAAGAAGUGGCCAACCCUGAAUUUGUAGAGAAGCAUCAGAGUAUGGCCUCUUCUGCACCUUCAAACCAAGAAGAUUCGUCGUGUUUAUCCCACCAACAGGGUACAACUACAACCCCUUCGACUUUCUCAGUUGAGACACGAAUUUGUCCAGCAAGGGAUGGUAUAGCUGUGUCUUUAUGUUUGGUAGAAAGCAGCAGUAGUUCCAGACACAGUGAGAUGGAUUUAACUCAGCCUGGGAUGCGACCGGUUGGUUGGGUAUCUCCAAACACAUGGGACAGCAGAAGAAAGAGCAGUUUUGCCUGCGAUCGUGAUGACCUACUGGACCUAACCAAAGAAACUCAAGGAUACUCAAGGACAUGGACUCAAUCUUCAGACCGAGCAGGUACCUCAAGUUCUAAUGGUGCUGUCCGGGACCGUACAGCUUCUGUACGUACUGUAAGGUUUGCAGAGGAACCCUGUGCCCCAUGCAUGCAGAAGAAACACGGACAAGGAACCAAAGUUCAUGUGUGUCGGUAUAGAAAGUCCUACAUAGAGGCACAGGAGAAACCCAUUAACCCCAAAGAAAGACCUGAACUUCCUCUUCAUCUUCCUGAUUCUAGAACCCUUAAUAGACCUGCUCUGGAAACUGGUUGUGACUCCUUGGAGAAAUGUCAGCAAAGCAACAGCAUUGGUGACUGCUCGAGUGGAGGGUAUAUGCAAUGGAUCCAGAACAUUUCUCAGGAAAGGACAGAUAGCCGUAAAGGAAAACUCAGUUUUAUUCCACCUGUGGUUGAGACUUCCGAAAAAUGUCACAUUGUUGUCCAAGGACAAACAAACGAUAUAGAUAGAAACAGCUACAUAGAAAUGAACCCAAGGCUUCAUGUGGUGCCAGGGAAGAAGACCACAGCUUUUAGACUUGUGUCUCCGAAGAUUAACAGAAGACUACAGAAGCAAGAUGGCCCUAAGGACCCGAAAACUCUGCCCCCUGCUGUUACUGGACCACAGAUAAAUAUUUUAGACACCUCAGCCACAACUAAGUUAAACACACAAACUGAAACAGAGAUGCAACAAUCCAGAUCUUCUACACCUCCUUCAUUUAAAGCAGAUGGCCUCUUUCACUCAGGAAUGUGUCUAACAGGUGGUCAGGAUCGGUCAUGCAGGGCAGUUCUGGAGAUUUAUGGAGAUCAUCAGGUCUGGGGUUCUGCUCUGAUUUCCAGCCAGGAGCUCUGCAAACUACUACUGUAUCUCCAUACCAUCACCAGGAAAGAUAUAAAAGAUCUUGGGUUGACGGUUGUGCUUGAUGCACGGAAGAAGCCGGUUCACCCAGAGUUCACCAAAGCUCUCCUGAUGGUGCAGGAACACAACCCUCACAUUGUGCACUGGGCCCUAAUGCUGGUUAAUAAGGACAGCAGCUACAGUCAUGAGAAAAGGCCUGGUAUAACGAUGGAAAUUGUGACCUCAUUCAAAGCUCUUUAUAAAAUAGUGGACGCCAGUCAACUGACUGCAGCCCUACAGGGGUCAUUACCUUACGAUCAUGCUGACUGGCUACAAAUCCAUCAGAAACUCUAUCCGUUUGUAUCAGACCUGCAAGACGCUUCAGCCCUGCUAUCAGGAGCUAUAAGGAAACUGGAAGGUGUUCAUAAAAUCGACACAGUGCAGGAUGUCCAGCAGUGCAUUAUAGAACAGAAAGCCCUGAUGAAGGAUGUGCUGGAAGACACCGGAUUGGUGGCCUUGCAAAGAGGAGGUGGAGCCAUGUUGGCGAGGCUGAGACAGGAAACUGAUGUGAGGUCACAGCAUUGUGAGCAGAGCCGCGAGGUGAUAGAUACAGUGACUGAUGUGUACCAUGCACUAGAGGAGCAAGUACAUGUGCUGGCCAGGAAGUCCAACAUGUCUUUGCAGCACCUGGACUUCCUGUUACAGCUCAGAGAAAUGGAGUCCAGAUUCACCGAGAUUAAAGAAUGGUUUGACACAGAAGGAGAGAGGCAGCUCCAGCAGGCUGAAUCUGUGGAUGACACCAGUGAAAGAAUCCAGCAAACACUGCAGAGCUUCAAAGCUUUUCUUGCAGAAGCAAAUGAGCGAAAGCAUCAGGCAAUGAUGUUGGUGUCAGAAGCAGAGAGUAUGCAGGGGCCGAACUAUCCCGAGACAGAAGUGUUUUACAGAAUGGUGUCCAUCUUUAAAUCCAGUCUGAGUGACUUCCUGUUGCGAGCAGAACGGUGCUGUGAGGAUCUCGGGACUAUGGUGUACAUCUGCCACUUUUGUGAAAGGGCUUCAGCUGUGGCCAGUGACUGCAGACAGUUUUUGGAACAGGACCAGUUUUGUUGCUCCCUGGAUCAAGAGAGUUGGCUGUGGCUCCAAGCUUACCUGCAGAGAUUAGAUGAGUUUUCAUCUGAGCACUUCCAGGAUGUGAGAGCACAGGCAUGUUCUCUGUCCAACUCCAGGGUGCUGCAGGUCUGGAACGCCGCCUGGCUGCACUAUCAGGAGGUCAGACAACAUCUGAAGGAGAAACUGAUGUUCCUAGAAGAAGCUCUGCAGGUUUCCCUUACAGUCACACCUGUUGGACAUCAUUCUGAUUGGUUGGAGAUGAUUCCAGGUGAGGAGACAGUGCCUGGGAGCGAAUUAGCAGAACCUGUACAACAUGAGCAGGACCUACCAGUGUUUGUUUCUGAGCAGUCGGAGAGCAGGGCAAGUCAAGCGAGAGAUAGUAUCCACGGUACUGUGAGCUGCUUCAACUUCAGGUCGGACCACAAAAGCAGGAGAACGUCCAAAACUUCACACAAGGCGAAGGAAACUCUAGCAGAAUGCACCAAGAAAGGCAAACAUGUUGUUAGAAAAGAAGCCCAUGACCAGAAACCCAUCGAGGGGCCGGGUACCGUUGGCUGUCAGUGGUUACCAUGGCAACAUGCAGGAAGCAAAAAUAUCAGCAAGGGCUACAGCGGUUCUGAACAUGAGAUCACGGAACCAACCUUCUCGCAGAACCAGCAUCAGGUCGCCCAGCAGUACCAGAACUCUCGAAUUGCCAGCUUUUGCUCUGAGAUGCCCCACGGUGAGAUGGAGGGCGCUAGAGAUGUCACUCUGUUUGGAGAAUGUUGGAGAACUGAUGGAGAAAAGGCUGCAUCCACCCCUGAGAGCCCAAGCAGAACUAUGAAGCUUCAUCGUAUCAUGGAGGAGCUCUUGAUGACGGAGGUGGAGUAUGUGCGCUCUCUGGCCUACAUCCUGACUCACUACUUCCCCCUGCUGGCCAGAGCUGACGUGCCUCAGGAUCUGCGCGGUCAGCGCGGGCGGAUCUUUGGUAACCUGGAGAAACUGUAUGACUUUCACGGGCAACACUUCCAGCGAGAACUAGAGUCGUGUCGGGCAGAGCCGCUGAGAGUCGGGCGCUGUUUCCUAAAACACAGAGAGAGUUUUGGACUCUACGCCCUUUACAGCAAGAACAAACCCCAGUCAGAUGCCCUCAUCCAACAUCAUAAAUACUUCAAGCGUAAGCAGAUGGAGUUGGGUGAUAGUAUGGAUUUGUCCUCCUACCUGUUGAAGCCUGUCCAGAGGAUCAGUAAAUACAGUCUGCUGCUACAGGAGAUUCUGGAAGACUGUGUGCCGGAUCAGAGCGGAGAUCGAGAGGAGAUCCAGACCGCUUUAGAGGUUGUCCGAUUUCAGCUACGACAUGGGAAUGACCUGCUCACCAUGGAUGCCAUCCGGGACUGUGAUCUAAACCUGAACGAGCAGGGCCAGCUUAUACGUCAAGAUGAGUUUUGCAUUAUUUUCCGUAAGAAACGGUCGCUGCGGCGAGUGUUUCUCUUUCAAGAUGUCAUCCUUUUCACCAAGACUAAAAAAAACGACCGUGAAGAUGAUGUGUACGUUUACAAACUGUCUAUCAAGACUUGUGAGAUUGGAAUGACCCACUCCAGCGGCCAGAGCGGUCUGUGUUUUGAGAUCUGGUUUAGAAGGAGACGAUCUCAGGACACCUACAUCUUACAGGCAGAGACACGUGACGUCAAGGAGGCCUGGACCAGAGACCUGGAACAAAUAUUGUGGGAACAAGCGCUGAAGAGCAGAGAAUUGAGAAGACAAGAGAGAUUGUUUAUGGGAAUGGGUUGGAAACCUUUUGUAGACAUCCAGCCCAGUAACACAGCCAUCAAUGAAAACGCUGUGAAUGGUGACAAUACAGUAAGAGAACAUGUAGGAUUACUGAAAACGCCAAAUCCCCUUGUGUCUGGCCUUCAAAGAGGCGUGGUAUUGCCAAGGCCAGAUUCGACUGGCUCUGGCAGCAGUACGUCAACCGCAGGCAGCCACUCGUCAUCCUCGUCUGGGCGAGGCUCCAUGUCACCCAGCACUUACCUUGGAAAAUACGCAGAUAUUACAGAGUUGUCUGCAGAGAACGCAGCUCUAUUUAGCUGUGUGGAUCCUAAUUGCCCCACAGGAAGGAGAGCAUCUGUAUCUUCAUUGGUUCUCUCCAGACCUUCAGUUCCUGCAGUGUGUCAAACAUCUCCAGCUCAUGUUCUGCAGUACAGCUCACCUGCUCUCUCCAGAAAAAAGCUCUCACCAGGGUUCAGUCCACAAAGUGAUGCUCGCAGCCCUCUCAAGCAGUGUCAGUUUCAAGAGCCAAUUCGAUCAAAAGCAUCAACAGAAGUUUAGAUUUGAUUCAGUUCAUUGAUGUCAGAUCAGGUCCUUUUGUCAAACCAAAGCUGCCAUCAGGAAUCCCAAGACAGAUGUUAACAUUUUGAUCCACUUGCUCCUGAACAGGCCUGCUCAGACAAGAAAUCAGAUUUUAUUGCGAAGAAAAACAAAUUCAAGAAAGAAGAGGAAAUAUUGCUGAACUACUCAUCCAUUGUUUGGCUUGAUGCAAAUUCCGCUCACAGUGACAGGCACACAAACACUGUUUUAUUCCCAGACUUCAGUCUUGACCACAAGGAUAUCAAGGCAACAUGACUAUCAAGGACUAUGGACCAGGUGUUCACUUCCUGUCCGUGUACACCACUUUAGAUGACAAAUCUGAGGAACUAUCUGGACAUUUCCUUUUCAGUGGCUGGCGGUGGUGGAAAAUGAACAGAAAAAUGUCUGUUAAGGCUUUGAAUUGUAAGAUUAUUUUGCAUUAUGAUGAUACAGGUUAAUGGAGACAAAUGAACUGUUCAUACAGACGAUGUAUUUUGAAGCCAAAUUACUUGAGAUGCAGAAUGUCCAGGUGACAUUAAUUAAAAGCCAAAUAUCUAAUGAAGGUAUUCUUGCUUUUAUCCGCUGUUGUUUGUACAUUUAACUAGCUGCAAUUCAAAUACUUUGUAGGUUUCAGGAAAUUAAUGCAGAAUGUCUAUACAUAAUAUAAACGCAACUGCUGGAAAAUGUCAUUUUUAUAAUAACUUUAUAUUUUGACUAUGCAAGGGUUUUAUAUAGCAUGUAAUUGAUUGUUAAUGUACUGUAAUAUAGGACUACUGCAUGCCAGUUCCCCACUAAAAGGAGAGAGAGAUCAAAUGGUAUUUUACCAUUUAAAAGAUGUAUGGUAAAUAAAAUGUAAUAAUAACUUACUGUUGUGUGUGUAUCAGUCC